AUGCCCAUGAUGACGAGGGACGUUCUGCUAGAAAUGGAGCUGGAGGAGGACGACGAAGAGGAUGGGUAUAUCGGUAAUGUUCCUGCCUCCACGAGGCCUUUAUUGGCUCCUCCCGCUCUCCCAUCCAGCCUGGCUUUGGAAAACCUUGAACAGACAACUGCCUCUGGUUCUGGAUCAUUGAAAAGUCAGCAGGACUUCCGAACCCCGGAAUUUGAAGAAUUUAAUGGGAAACCUGACUCCCUCUUUUUUAAUGAUGGUCAGCGAAGAAUUGACUUUGUUCUAGUGUAUGAAGAUGAAAGUAGAAAAGAGACCAAUAAAAAGGGUUCAAAUGAAAAACAAAGAAGAAAAAGACAAGCAUAUGAAUCUAACCUCAUCUGUGAUGGUCUGCAACUAGAAGCAACUAGAUCCCUUGUGGAUGACAAGCUCGUAUUUGUAAAAGUACAUGCCCCAUGGGAGGUGCUGUGUACCUAUGCAGAGAUAAUGCACAUCAAACUGCCUCUGAAACCCAACGAUCUGAAAACCCGGUCCUCAGCCUUUGAUAAUUUCAACUGGUUUACCAAACUCCUCCAAGUGGAUGAAAGUAUCAUCAAGCCAGAGCAAGAGUUUUUCACUGCCCCCUUUGAGAAGAACCGCAUGAAUGACUUUUACAUUCAAGAUAGAGACACAUUCUUCAAUCCAGCCACCAGAAGCCGCAUUGUUUACUUCAUUCUUUCUCGGAUAAUGUACCAAGUAAGGGACAAUGUUAAAAAGUUUGGGAUUAACAAACUCGUAAGCUCUGGAAUCUACAAGGCAGCUUUCCCUCUCCAUGAUUGCAACUUCAGCAGCCCAUCGGAGGACCUCAGCUGCCCCAAUGAGCGGUACCUUCUGUACAGGGAAUGGGCUCAUCCUCGAAGCAUAUACAAAAAGCAGCCCUUGGAUCUUAUCAGGAAAUAUUAUGGAGAGAAGAUCGGGAUCUAUUUUGCCUGGCUGGGCUAUUACACUCAGAUGCUUCUCCUGGCAGCCAUCGUGGGAGUGGCUUGCUUUCUCUAUGGAUAUUUUACUCAGGAUAACUGUACAUGGAGCAAAGAAGUUUGUGAUCCUGAUAUUGGUGGCCAGAUCAUAAUGUGUCCUCAAUGUGAUAAUGAGUGUCCAUUCUGGUCACUCAAUGUUACUUGCGAGUCCUCAAAGAAAUUGUGCAUCUUUGACAGUUUUGGAACCCUAGUCUUUGCAGUAUUUAUGGGGGUGUGGGUAACCUUGUUUUUGGAGUUUUGGAAGCGGCGCCAGGCAGAACUUGAGUAUGAAUGGGACACUGUUGAGUUACAGCAGGAAGAACAACCCCGACCAGAAUAUGAGGCACAGUGUACUCAUGUGGUGAUAAAUGAGAUCACUCAGGAAGAAGAGCGUGUUCCCUUUACCACGUGGGGAAAAUGUAUACGUGUAACCCUCUGUGCCAGUGCUGUCUUUUUCUGGAUCCUGUUGAUCAUUGCUUCCGUUAUUGGGAUCAUCGUCUACAGGCUCUCAGUGUUUGUUAUAUUUUCUGUAAACCUUCGCAAGAUCUCUAAUGGAACAGACCCAAUCCAGAAGUAUGUAACUCCACAGAUGGCCACAUCCAUCACUGCUUCCCUCAUCAGCUUUAUCAUCAUCAUGAUUCUGAACACUAUAUAUGAGAAAGUGGCAAUCAUGAUUACUAACUUUGAACUCCCAAGGACUCAGACUGAUUAUGAGAACAGCUUAACCAUGAAGAUGUUCUUAUUCCAGUUUGUCAACUACUACUCUUCGUGUUUCUACAUCGCAUUCUUUAAGGGCAAAUUUGUGGGUUAUCCAGGAGAUCCAGUUUAUUGGCUGGGAAAAUACAGAAAUGAAGAGUGUGACCCAGGUGGGUGUCUCUUUGAACUGACAACGCAGCUGAUAAUCAUCAUGGGAGGAAAAGCAAUCUGGAAUAACAUACAAGAAGUGUUACUUCCCUGGGUCAUGAACGUGUUUGGACGAUGUAACACCGUUUCGGGAGCAGAAAAGAUAACCCCACGAUGGGAACAAGACUACCAUCUGCAGCCCAUGGGCAAACUGGGAUUAUUUUAUGAAUAUCUUGAAAUGAUUAUUCAGUUUGGGUUCGUCACCUUAUUUGUGGCCUCUUUUCCACUGGCCCCUCUGUUGGCUCUGGUGAACAAUAUAUUGGAAAUAAGAGUGGACGCGUGGAAACUGACUACCCAGUAUAGACGCAUGGUGCCUGAAAAAGCCCGGGACAUCGGAGCAUGGCAGCCCAUCAUGCAAGGAAUAGCAAUUCUGGCUGUGGUGACCAAUGCCAUGAUCAUUGCAUUCACAUCAGACAUGAUCCCCCGCCUGGUAUAUUACUGGUCCUUCUCCAUCCCGCCCUAUGGGGACCACCCAGACUACACAAUGGAAGGAUACAUCAACAUAAGUCUCUCCAUCUUCAAUACUGCCGACUUUAAAAGCAGAGUCAAGGAAAGUCCGCAGAACAAUCUCCUGAAAUGCUCCCAUCUUUUUUCCAGGUAUCGUGAUUUCCGGUACCCUCCUGGACACGAACAAGAGUAUAAACACAACAUCUAUUAUUGGCAUGUGAUUGCAGCCAAGCUGGCUUUUAUCAUUGUCAUGGAGCAUGUCAUCUAUUCUGUGAAGUUUUUCAUUUCAUAUGCAAUUCCAGAUGUAUCGAAAAGCACGAAGAGCAAGAUCAAGAGAGAAAAAUACCUAACCCAGAAGCUUCUUCAUGAGAAUCACCUCAAAGACAUGACCAAAAACAUAGGAGUCAUAGCCGAGAAGAUGAUAGGAGCAGUAGUAGAUAACAAUUUACGACCAAAAUCCGAUUAA